AUGCCCUCGCCAUGUGACUGGGCGCGGAAUAGAAUGCGGCCCGUGACGAAUUCUACGGAACAUAGCGAGCGGCCUUUCAGUUCCUCCGCAGAUUUGCGGAUGGGUGCGUUUCUGGGCAUUCUCUCGGCGGUAGCCUACACGGCGGCCAACAUCUUUCUGCGGCACGUGGCCAUCGACUGUGAGCCGGCGUGGGUUUCCUUCAACAAGGCUAUUCCAGCCACCGUGGUGGGGUGGGUGCUGGUCCUGAUGGGGAUGUCGCAGGGGCGACGAAUGAUGCCCCCCCGCGAGUUGCUGCGGACCCUGAUCGGGUUGGCGAUCUUUGUCCAAAUCGCCGGGAACAUCGCCUUCCAAUGGUCGCUGGCCCAAGUGGGAUUGGCCCUGGCCGUUCCGCUGGGGUUUGGGAUGAUCAUCGUCAGCGGUGCCAUCCUGGGGCGUAUCUGGCUUUCUGAGCCGAUUACUGGUCGCUCGGCGAUUUCAAUUCUGGUCCUGAUUGCCGCCGUGGGGAUCCUUAGCGUGGGUGCCGCACCCGAUCAGAAGGCCGUUCUCUCCGAGUCCGUAGCCAAGCCCGCCAUCGUGCUGGGCGUGAUUGCCGCCUGUUCUGCGGGAUUUGCUUACGCAGUGAAUACCACCUACAUCCGGGCGAUGGCCCUCGGGGCGAUGCCGGUGGCAACCACGUUGAUGGUGAUUAGCACCGUCGGAGUCGUCGUCCACGGGCUGAUCACCGCCGUGCAGAUCGGAUGGACGGGCGUUACGGCCACCACACCCGAGCAGUGGGGAGCGAUGUACGGCGCCGGGAUCAGUAACGCGGUGGCCUUCUUUUCACUCGGUUACGCACUGCAACGAAUCAGCGUGCUGCAUGUGAAUAUCCUCAACGCCUCGCAGGUGGCCAUGGCUGCGAUCGCGGGCGUGUUGAUCUUCGGGGAGAAGCCCAGCAUGGCAAUGUACGUCGGUUGCGGGCUCACGGCCCUGGGGAUGAUUCUGAUCCAGGCCCGUAAGAAGGACUCGGCCCUGGAGCGGCUCGAGGAGGAAGAAGCCGAGGCCGUUCACACCCACGUCGAACCGGCCAAGCCCACGGCCCGGGUGAGCCAUUCGGUCUUUGAGAUGAUUAAGAAAGUGUUGAUUGGAAGCGUCGCGGCGGCGGUCGUGACCGGAUUCUUCUUCGGGCGGGAUGCCUUCAGCUACGUCGGCACAUCGAUCGGCUGGGUCAAAGACUCGGUUCGCGACACCGUGCCCAUGGAGUUCGAAAUCGAACGCGCCCGCAAGAUGAUUCGCGAUCUCGAUCCCGAGAUUCGCCAGCAGAUGCACGUGAUCGCCAAGGAAGAAGUGGAAGUUGAACGGCUCCAGCGCGAAGUGGCCGCUCUUACCGGCAGCCUCGACACGCAACAGGCGCACAUCAUGCGUCUGAAGACCGACCUGGAAUCGGGUGACGACGUGUACCAGUACGCUGGGCACAAGUACACCGCCGACCAGGUCCGCAACGACUUGGCUAACCGCUUCAAGCGGUUCAAGACCAAGGACGCCACGUUGGCCAGCUUGCAGCAAAUCGCCGAGGCACGAAACAAGAGCCUCACCGCUGCUCGCGACAACCUGGAGGGCAUGCGUGUGGCCAAGCGACAACUCGAAGUUGAAAUCGAGAACAUCGAAGCGCAGCGCAAGAUGGUGCUGGCUGCCAACACCACGUGCCAGUACAAGUUCGACGAUAGUCACCUCAGCCGCGUGAAGCAGUUGGUGGCCGACUUGCAGACCCGUCUGGAAGUGGACCGCAAGCUGCAAGACGUCGAGGUCGAGUACCAAGGACAGAUUCCGCUGGCCGAGCCGGCUCCCGAGAACAUCGUGGACGAAGUGACCACGUACUUCAACGGACCGCGUGAAUCGGUUGCCGAACUGUGUGGCGAACUCUUGGAGAGAUUGGGCAUGUUUCAGCCCUGGCGACUCAAACUUCGCGAAGCCGAGGAGGCCCUGAAGAGCGGCCGGCUCGACGAGGCGGGAGAACUGGUGAGCGAUAUGGAGCUUCAGCAGUAUCUGCCGACCAAGCGACUCGUGAGCCGCAUCGUCGGGCAGCUUGCCAAGCGGGGGCAACAACGAGUGGCCCAGGGUGACACGGCAGCCGGUUGGAAGGACUUAGAGACGGCCAUGCGUCUACAAGCCGAAGACAAACAGGUCGAUGCCCUGAGACAGGACCUGGUCACAGCUGCGAUUCAAGAAGCCGAAACAUUACUGGCCGCGGGCGAAUACGAAAUGGCCCGCGCUCGGCUCGACGACUUGCUCCAGCGUCAGCCGGUCAACUCACAGGCCAGCAUCUUGCGACAAGUGGUUUCGAAGAUGCUCGAAGCCAAGCAGCUGGCCCGCUACGGAAAGCUUUCGGUGGCCGACACCCUGCUGGAAGAAGCCGCCGCGUUGAGAAAAGACCUGAAGGUGAUUGGCGAACGCCGGAAAGCCUAUCAGGCAAUGGCCGGCGAGGUGAACAAACUCACCAGCAAGCUGCACAAAGCCAUGGCAGACGAAGCCUGGACUGACGUUCUGGAAGCGGCCGAGGCGAUUUUGGCAAAGUGCCCUGAACACACUCCCGCCCGUGAUGCCCGCCGAAUGGCCUGGAACGCGGUCGGUGCAAAAACAAGCGAUGACCCACAAGCGAACGAUGCUCACAAGCGAACGCAACUUUCGCCCCGACCCGAUCGUGUGCGACGAGAACCCGUUGCGGAAUUCUCCGACGUAGCCACGGCGGAAAAGCCUGAGCGGUUCUUUCUGUGGAUCGAUGCGGUGGGCGGUUACCUGGUGUGUCAGCAUGACACGGUGGUGAUCGGUCAACCCGAGCCGGAAGGCCGCGUGGAUGUCCCGAUCCUGGGCGACCUGUCGCGCCGUCACGCAGUGAUUCGCCGUGUGGGCGAAGGUUACCUGCUGGAGCCGUUGCGUAAAGUUCGUGUUAACGAUGUGGAAACGGGAAGUGCCACCUCGCUGGUCGACGGCGCGAUCAUCGAACUGGGCGAGGGCGUGAAGCUUCGCUUCCGGCGUCCCCAUCCAUUGAGUGCCACGGCACGGCUGGAGUUCGUGAGCCGGCAUCGCACCCAACCCACCGCCGACGGCGUGCUGCUGUUGGCCGACUCGUGCGUGAUGGGCCCGAGCCGGAAAUGCCACGUGGAGUGCCCCGAGUGGGCGCACGACGUGGUGCUGUUCCGGCAAGGUGAAGAAUUGUUUUGCCGCAGCCCAGGCACGUUCGAGGUCGACGGCCACACCCAGCAAGACCGAGCAGCAAUAACGACACAAUCACGGAUCGCGGGAGAGGGCUUUUCACUUUCGAUUGAGACGAUUUAA